ACGUCAUUCCAUGAUGGCUGAAGAUCCUGGCGGAACAUUUUCCAAUUUCUCUCUCAUUUUUCUUUCUUUCUCUCUACCUCCGCUUGCCAUAGAGACAUGGCAGGACCCACAGGCCCGUUAAGCGCCCACAGAUCAUUGGUGUCGACAUGCCCAAGAAAGGGAACCGAAAACGGCUGAAGUUUAAGGCCGGAGACGUUUGUUCGGAAUCAGUGACCGUUGCUGAUUAUGCUGAUGCCGACCCAGCCGUUGUGAAGUCAGGGAGGCUGAAAAAGGCUGUUGCAAAUGCAGUUGAAAAAGAAGCAAAAUUACUCUGCGGCCUGGAAGCAUCUCAGGGUGCUGUAGAGGAGGUCCUCUCGUCUUCAGUGAGUGUCACAGCCGAUGCUUUGGACAGCAGUGAUGACCUAGACCCUGAAGAUGAUGGAGAAAAUGAAACUCAAGUGACCCACAAGAAGAAAAACAAGAGGAGAAAGGAAAGUAGUGAGCGUAGUAAUGGAGGGGAGUAUCCAGUGGAUAUCUGGUUAAUGCUCGCCUCCUACAUUCGGCCAGAGGAUGUGUGCAGAUUUGCUCUAAUCUGUAGGAAUGCCUGGACAGUCACUUGCACGGCAGCUUUUUGGACCAGGCUCUACAGAAGGCACUACAAGAUUGACACUGACCUGCCGUUCCGCCUCCAGCCUGAGUGUAUUGACAGGAUGUGCUCUUUACGUGCCCGAGUGAUUCGCUCCCUUUUCCAUUUGUAUGAGCCGUUCAGCUUGCGUGUCUCGAAAAUUCCUGCCCUGCCAGAAUCCACGCCCACGACUUUACUCAACUCCAAGUGUUUACUGUUCUGGAUCAGAAAGGUGUCAGGGACUCGGCCUGAGGCAUUGUGGGAGUUCAGCUUCAAGUUUCUAAAGCAGCAGGGGCACAGUAAGAAUGGUUGUGCCAACUCCUUGUGCAAGCCCAGACAAUACGAAGACGUCCACACGAACCCAGACUCUGACUGCUACAUGCUUCAGGUCACCACCCUCAACUUCAUCUUCACACCUGUGGUCAUGGGCAUGACGCUGAGCCUGUUCACAAUGAACGUUAGCACAGACAUGCGCCACCACCGCGUUCGUCUGGUGUUCCAGGACUCGCCGCUCCGACGGGGGAAGAAGAGGGGGGAUCAUGGCGGGACCCAGGUGGUGCUGGAUCCCGUACACAGUGUAAAGCUCAUGGACUGGUGGCACCCACAGUACCCCUCUUCACCCCAGACAUAGGAGUCCUGCCCCCUUGACAGAACGUCACACCAAGAAUCCUGCUGAUAUCUCAUCCCACUCACCAGAAAUGUGAUAUCGAGUGACGCUGCAGAACCCUGGAUUGUGUUCAUUUACAUUUUGAUUCGGCAUUUCAAUUGAUAUUCAAAUUUCGAUUGUCAUUGUUAGAUGUUAAAGUCUGAGAUGGGAUGCAAACCUCACCUUCCAGUGUCAAGAUUAAACAUGUUGCAUGCCCAUCUACCACCGCAACCUCCACACCCUACUUGUAAUGUUAUUUAAACAUUCAUAGAUCUUCCUGGAAGUAAAUCAUGUACUGCAGAAUUGUCCAGUAUGAACAUUAUUCCUAGGAAGACUGGGCUUUAUCUAUGUAAACAAAUCUGCCACAUGGGGACCUUGGCAGUCCCUCUGCUCUUUCAACCAUCCUCAGGAGAAAUCUAACUUCAGUUUGUUUUGCAUUGUUAUCUCAGAAAAAAGUGCAUAAUGUUUCACAAAAUAGAAAAUACUGUGAUAUGAUCACAGUGAUAGUUGAUAGAUGAUAAAUAUUGAUAAUAUUGUUCAGCCCUACAGAGUCAGGCCUGAGAGGAACCCAUUUAGAGCUACCAGUUGCAUAAAAAAGAUUCACAAGUUCCCCAUUAUUCUACAUUAGUCAACAUGUUGCAUGUUGAACCUACAUGUGCAACACGUUUUCGAGAAGUUUUAAAACUCGUGGAUUAACAGGGAACAUUUGAACUGACUGUCCUUUUGUUUUUAUGCUCACUUGAAAAGUUACUCGAAAAAUAUCUUGAUUUUGCGUUGGUUUGAAUUGACAAUGUUGCAUCAACAGAUUAUUCUUUUAAAACUAUGUUUUUUUUCUUGAUCUAUUUAAUUUAAGGCAGCCUCACUUAGUAUUAUGUGAACAUUAAUGACACUUAUCUUUACUGAAGGGGCCAAAGAGAUGAUUUACCUCAGACGUCAUCUGCUGAUUUGGGCAGUGUUUCUUUUCUAUCUACUGUUUCUUGGCUAAAAACAUCUUGAUUGUCUCCUUGCUGACUAUGUGAGUCAUGUACCCUACUGCCUCCUUUUUGAAUCUUUCACAACUUUGAAUGGCUCAAAGUGUUUAAAAUGGUCUGUCUUAUAAGUGUUGAAUCACACCAAUCACAUGCUUGAUUAUGAUGGGGAGAGAGAGCGACCAUUGACAUUGAUUUAUCCAUCCAUCAGACACAAUUAUAUGAUUGAUUUGCACAUAUACAUAUAUUGUGAAUGGAAAAAAAUAGAUUGACCACAAACAGUUUACACUCGGUGUUCCAGUAGCUCACCUUGUAGAGCAGGUGCCCAUAAACCAAGGCUGAGUCUUUACCGCAGCAGCCCGGGUUUGAAUCCGACUUGUGGCCCUUUGCUGCAUGUCGCCCCCCUUUCUCUCUCUCUCUCUCUCUGUCCCUCUCUCCCUCUCUCCCCCUCUCCCCCUUUCCAGUCUAUCACUGUCCUAACAAAUAAAGGCCAAAAAAAGUUAUAAAGGCCAGUUUACACUUCUAGAAAUAUGAAGUAGAAGACAGCUGGAUGUUCUGGUUAGCAGCAGUAGAUUGUUUUAGUGGUUGGUCUAGUUUUAUCAGAUUGUGUUACACUGAUAAAAAAAACUUACCGCACUGAAAUAAAAACAGAAACUGCCCAUUCAAAA